GCAAGCGACCUUCAUAUCUUCCCUUCUGUCCACGAAUUGUAAUCUUCAUUUACUCAACUCUGAAUCCUUCACGCUUCACGAUCGCACACAUUCUACGACAUCUAUCUACCUCUCUACCUCGACAUACACAACUUAGAACACUAUCAUGUCUGCCCUCAGGAACUUCACCCGCGUCGCGCGCCCCGCCGUCUUCUCUGCGCAGCGUAGGGGCUUCCAGGCUUCGGCACUGAGGCCCGUCGGCAAGGAGUCUGCUCUGCACCACGACGCUCGUGGCGAGGAGGCUGAGGCACACAAGCAGGAUCAGCUGAAGAAGCAGAAGCAGGGCAAGGGCCACUGGAAGGACGAGCUUGCGUCCGACAGCGAGUCGAUUGUCAAGGCAGACCGCGGCGAGGUCGAGGCGUCGGAAUCGACGAUCAAGGAGCUGCAGAAGGAGACUGAGAAGCUCGCCCGGAAGAAGGAUUAAGCACAUCAUCCUCGAUGGUCCGACGUGCUAGUUCUCAAAAUUAUUAGCGAGUCCUUUUCUUUGUUGCUUUGAGCAUCAUGACGGCAGGAAAAUAUCGUGGACUUUGGAGAUGUACUUUCACUUUCUCGCAUCUGCAAGGCAGUAUGCUGUAAAGUUCAUUGGAGUUUGUGUAACUGAGAAUGGGUAAAUCCAAUACCUCCUUCCUCUCUCGUCA